GAGCUCGUUUGUUCUUCUUCAUCGCGGAAAGUCCUUUCCGAUGAUGCUGUUUUCUCGAAUCGCCAUUUGAAGUCGGAGCUUAUAUUUAAUUAAUAUAAUGGAAUGAUUUGUAUUGCUUUUCUUAUUAUCACCAACUUCAUCAAAUUGUUAAUUGAUGUGAUGAAACCCAAAUCUGGGUUUCAGACAAACCUAGAUCUGGGUUUCAAACAAACCCAGAUCUGAGUUUCAAAGAGGAAGAAUAAGGGAGAAGAGAGAGAGACAAAGAAUGAGAAGAAGAAAGAAGAAGGAUGAGCAGAGACUCCUCUCCUCCCUCCGUCUUCUUACUGCGCGAUAUCCGUCGUACGGAGGAAGAAGAAACUGAUGAAGCAGAAAGAAGUCAGAGAGAUGGGGUCGGAGUUGGUGGCAAUGGGAGAUCGUCAAGGUUUCCUGUGCCAGCAAAAGUCGUAGGAAUUCUGCCUCUGAUGAUUCUCUCUGGUCCAAAUUCUGCUUUGAUGAGUUUCAUCCAUCAUUAUCAACCCCUCAAGAUCCUCUAGGAAACCCAGUUCCCUCUUUCAAGCGUAUCAAUUAUGUAGAGAACUGAGAAGCUUUUACUAUGUGCCCAUGGCCACUUGUUCUUCGAGUGAAAAGAUGUCAGGGAAAGGUUAAGAGCUGAUUGAGCCAGAUGAAAAAUUAGAGAGCCUCCUAAAUGUGAAAUUGCCUCUUCCUACUAGGGUUCUCUAUAGUUUUCAUGAUGGUCAAGAGAUGCCUGGCAAGGAGCUAACAGUUCACUUUUAUUGGGAAUUAUAGGUGGCUACUCUACCUUUUGGUUAAUGUCUACUUGUUACCUCUCUUGUCAGGAAAGGUAAUAUUGGCACACUUAAUAUUCAUCGUGUGUUGGAAAAAUUAAUGAAAACUUUCUGUGAUGGGAAGGUAAUGUUGAUAUUUCAAUAAAUACUUUCAUGUGUUGGAAAAAUUAAUUUCCACCAGUGAAGAACUCCAUCUUUCUUAUCCUUUUCUUGACAUUUUGGUUGCCUAAGGUUUAAUCAAAUUAGAACUUGCAA